AUGACAAAAGAAAAGACGACAUCACCUGGGAAAACUUUGGAGGAGGCUGCAGAAGCUGUAGAACUGCAUAAAAUACAUCCAGAAAAUUUCUUUUCAAAGCUUGGGAAAUCUUCUACUUUUGAUAUACUUUGUAAUGGAAUCGAUGAUAAAGUAAGUUCCAAACGUAAAGAAGUCAAAGACCUUUGCAUUAAACUAGUAAGUCAUUUAGAUAAAUUAAGUCAAGCGGGGGAUCCCGAACGUAAUAAUUAUUGCAUUUAUUUACGUUAUUGGCUCUAUGAAAAAAUAGGUGAAAUUCAUACGGACAAAUUUGCAAAUAUUGAUAAUGUGCCUUUUUUUAAACAUCUUAUUGAAGCAUGGAAGAAGAUGAAUAGUGAAAAAUUAAAAAAUAAAUGCGCUCCGGAAGAGUUAACACGUGUUAAAUUAGAUGAAUUAAAAAAUAGGAUAUUUUCGUAUAUAUAUUUUAAAAAUAUUGAAAAAAUUAAAAAACUUAAUGCUUCUGAAAAUGGAACAGACUGCGAUAAGUAUUUAACAUAUCUUAACAGUUUUAAGUCAGUACACGACAUAUAUAAGGAUAAGCAUUGUAGGAGGUUAUUUUUGUUUACACCGAAUGGUCCUGAUUAUUUUCCUUGUAAAGAUAAGGAUGUACUGAUGUCUCGCAUAACUGAAUUAGGAAAAUGCAAAGGUGCCGAGAAACCAGCUGCUACAACAUCACACCUUGAAACAAAAAAUGAUAAAGGCGAAGGAGACCGAGGAGCUCCAGUAGAUAAAAAUGUUUCCGAAGGUACAACAAGACCAACAGAUUCAGUAGCCGUCGCAAGCUCAUCGAGUUCAUCAGAUACAGUAACAACUACAGUAACUUCAACACAACCAGCAACAGCUACAACAACAGUAACUGCAACACAACCAGCAACAGCUACAACAACAGUAACUGCAACACAACCAGCAACAACUACAACAAGUACAGCAUCUAUAGCCAGCGCAACGAAAACAGUAACUGCAACAAAUACAGGAACUACGACAAGUACAAGAUACUCAGGAAAUCAAGGAAAACCAUCAAUUUGGUCAGGUUUGUCGGGUUUAUUUUCUUCACCAAGAUCAUCAAGUUUACCACGAAAAUCAGCUUUAGCAGCACAAACUUCAACAAGUACAUCGAGUACAAGAACUACAGCAAGGCCAGUGCCAACAACAAGUACACCGAGUGUAAGAGGCUCGACGGUUACAGUAACCACAAAUACAGCAAGUGCAGCAGGUUCAAUAAGUUCAACAGGUCAAGUAGAUCGAGGAGGAUUAACACAUCCAUUGGCUGCAGAAGUCGUACCAGGAAAAACCUUGAGUCCCCUGUCGCAAGGAAGCCCUGGGUACGCUCUUAACCCAGUAUCAUCAUAUAAUUCAAACACUGGGGGAGACACAAACGUUGCGACUAUUGCGGAUGUUCCUAGUACUUCAGAAACGUUAUAUGAUAAGUUAGACUCAAAUACUGUUAAAAAUAUUAUCAUGGCUGCAGCAGUACUUGGAAUCAUAUUCUUCCUUUUCUACUACAAUAGGUCUUCUCGAAUAGAAUCAAGUAUUAAGCCAAAAAAACGGAAAAAAAAAGCAUUCGAGCAUAAUUAUUACGAAGAGUAUGAAAAGGAGUUAGCGAAGUAUGAAUCAGAGAAUGAGUCUUUAGAUUCUCUAGAAGAUCGAUAUUAUUUGACUUAUCAGCCUGACCAAGACUCUUACUACUAA